UUCAAAUACCAUUAUCGGAGAUGCUCUAAUUGAAUUUGAUUUCCUUUUUAGAGAGAGAGAGAGAAACAAAUCUAUCCCGAGCGGGUUUCAAAAAAAUUCAAAAUUUGUCCUCAAUAGAUUUUGCCUUCAAUCUAGGGUUACAGCGCUUAUUUCUCCCCCCAUUUUUUGUUCUCUCAUCAAUUGAGCCCUAAUUAUUUUUGAAAAAUUGGAGCAUAAGCAAUGGUGCGAGCGGUGAAGAGGGAGAUGGUUAAAGGCAGCAGUCGUGUUACUCGAAGCAGUGCGCAGAACAACAAUGGCGGACAAGCUGCAAACGAGAACAGCGGAGCUGAAGAUAGCGCCGUCGAACGCAGAGUUCUUCGUUCGAAGUAUCUCAGAUUUAAGAAUCGGAUUAGCGAUGAGAGAGAUGAUUUAUCAAAAGUUGAUUCAGAUAAAUUCAAAUCAAUGAUUGAAGAAGUUGAUAGCUUGCACCAGCUAGUUCAAAAGCCCAGGGAACAAGUAGCAGAUGCUGAAGCUCUGUUUGACAUUACAAACACAUUGGUGACCUCUGUCAAAGCAUUUAACAAUGAAGGCGUGACCCCUUCAGAUUUUGUUAGUUGUCUUCUUAGGGAGUUCACUCAAGAUGGUAGACCAAGCAGUAGCCAGAAUGAGGGUAGGAGUUUGAUAUGCUGGAAAGACAUCGGACAAGUGGUCUCUCAUGUUUUCAGGAGCGCUCCUGGUUGCUGCACGAUGAUUGGGCCCAUGAACACUGAGCUGAAACAGCGUAAGAUUGCAGUUCAUAGAAAGCGUGCAAGACCGACAGAAAAUGAACGCCCUGAAGAGCUCGAUGAAAAUGCUAAUAAGGAAAAAACUGAUACUGAUAAGAACAUGGCUACUAUGUUUGAUAUUCUGAGAAGAAAGAGGAAAGUCACGCUUGAAAAUUUGAUAUUGAAUCGAAACUCCUUUGCACAAACUGUGGAAAAUCUAUUUGCUCUGUCCUUUCUGAUAAAAGAUGGUCGAGCUGAGUUAUCAGUAGAUGAUUCUGGAUGUCAUCUGGUUUCCCCAAGGAAUGCUCCUAGUGCAAGUGCAAUCCAAUCUGGGGAGGCCACUUACUGCCAUUUUAUAUUCAGAUAUGACUUCAGAGACUGGAAGCAAAAUGUCAUCUUGCAGUCAAUGUUGGCUUCAGUUAAAGCUGGAGAGGAACUAAUGCCACAUAGAACUGAAGCGCACGAUCAUUGGUCUGACCCUGGGUCCGAGACUCGGCCCGAGCUGGAGCCCGAACCUGAGCUCGAGACUGAGCCCAAAGGAGCUCAUGCAGCCCAGCCCACAACACCUAUAAGGAAAUUAAGCAGGAACCGAGGUUUGGUUAUGCAGGAACAAGCCGUAGUUGCAGAUUCUCCGGAAAGUAAAGAUACAGCUGCUGCUAGGGCUGCAGCCAUUCGCAAGGGAAAAAGGAAACUAACAUGAAGUGUCAAUUUUACCCCUUUCGGGCAAGAUGCUGCCUGCUUUAGGACUGAGGAUAAAAUUGCUAUUAUGAUUUGGCCACUCUCUCUAUGGUUGUAGCAUAAAUGUAGGAUGUGUUCCUGUCAGAUUGUCUGAACAUUGUUUCAUAUUCUAAUCUCAGCUGUACAUAAUUUGCUAUUUUAUUCUUGAAUCUAUGAUUAGUGUUUGACUAGUACAAUACCCUUGUACUACACGAGUACUUGUUAAGAAAAUUAUAUUUUAAAUUAAAUAAUAAUAACAAAAAAAUUGUUUAGGGCAUGCUUGUUUAUGAAAUAAUUUGCUCAAAAUGAGUUAUUUUGAUUAACUAGAGUUAAAUU